AUGGUCUUCUACGAACCCGGCGUGACCGACCACGGCCUCCCGCACGACCCGUUCAAGGCGUGCGUCGUCCCGCGACCGAUUGGCUGGAUCUCGACGCGCAACUCGGAUGGAUCCGCCAACCUCGCGCCCUACUCGCAAUUCAACAACCUCACCUUCGACCCGCCCUACGUCAUGUUCUCGGCGAACCAGAAGCCGUCAGACUCGGGGAGGAAGGACUCGACGGUGAACGCGGAGCGAGAGGGAGAGUUCUGCUGGUCGCUGGCGACAUACGACCUUCGCGAAGCGGUGAACAGGACUGCGGAGCAGGUUCCGUACGGCGUCGACGUGUUUGAGCUGGCGGGCCUCUCGAAGGUUCAGGGCAAUCUUGUGAAGGCACCGAUGUUCAAGGAGUUGCCGGUCAAGGGUUAG